AUGGCCAACCCUGUCCCUCUUAACCCAGAGAAAAGGAUUGCCGAUGACUCGUCCAUGAUUGACGGGAAGAAUGGAGUAGCAGACCCCGAACCGAUAGCUGGCACCAUGGAUGACCUUGACCUUGAGCAGAUGGGUUACGUGCCUCAGAUGGAACGAGAAUUUAGUCUGAUACAGUUGAUUGGCAGCGCAUAUACUCUGACAAACUCAUGGUUGGGGGUGGCUGGAGCGUUUACCACGGGGAUCACCGCAGCGGGCUCUGCUGGAAUCAUUUACGGUCUGAUCCUGAUGUUUAUCCUCAACCUCUUUGUUGGAAUCUCGUUGAGUGAACUGGUCAGCGCGAUGCCCAAUUCGGGAGGGCAAUACUAUUGGGCAAUGAGACUGGCACCACGCAAAUAUGCCCGGCCAUUUGCCUAUAUUACAGGCGUCUGCAAUCUAUUCGCCGCCUAUUGCACGACAGCGAGUUCAUCAAUCGCUGUCAGCAUGUUUGUCUUUGGGUCCGUUAAACUGGCCGUACCGGAAUUCGCACUUUCGGCGUGGCGUGUUUAUCUUGGAGCUGUUGCCCUUAACCUUGUCGCCGGAUUGGUGAACAUAUGGGAAAAGGCUGUCACUAAGAGCGUCCUUGUGGGACUUUACAUCAGUCUCCUGACCUGCGUUCUUAUCACAAUUGUCCUUCCUGCAACUGCGGUUGGUCACACUGAUGCCGUAUUCAUAUUCGGCACCUUAAAUCGAAGCAAUGGCUGGUCUUCUGAUGGCAUGGCAUUUAUCAUGGGUUUGAUCAACGCUAACUUCUCAUUCGGAGUGCUUGAUAGUGCGGCACAUCUCGCGGAGGAAACACCAAACCCUGCACGAAAUGUGCCUAAAGCGAUCAUGAUGACAGUCAUUAUAGGAUUCAUGACUGCGUUUCCGUUCGCGUGUGUCUUGAUGUACUGCCUAACGGACUUCGAGAGUGUGAUCAAUACUCCGACAAAUGUUCCCAUUCUUCAGCUUUUCUACGUUGCAUAUGGACACCGCCAGUCAGCCGCAUUAGCAACCAUGGCAUUUGUGACCAUAUCUUACCUUUGUUCCCUCUUUCCGCAACAUGCCUACCAAGCUCGAAUGUGUUGGGCUUUCUCUCGGGACAACGGGAUGCCGUUUUCAAGAUACUGGUCGCAUAUUGAUCCUUCAACACAUGUUCCACUCCGAGCUCACGCACUUUCUGUGUGUAUAGUUUUUGCAAUUGGGCUCAUUUACAUUGCGUCUAGCACUGCUUUCAAUAGUCUAAUAACUGGCGUCAUUGUAUUCCCAUAUCUGACAUAUCUGGCCCCAAUGAUCUGCUCAAUUUGGAGAGGCAAGAAUCAACCACGUGGGCCGUUCCACCUCGGAAUUAUAGGCGUGAUUUCCAAAAUCAUAACGGUGGUCUUCUGUAUUUUCACGGUCGUCAUGUAUUCGUUCCCAUAUAUGAUGCCCGUCACCCCAUCAAACAUGAAUUAUGUCACGGUUAUCUAUGGCAUAGCUCUAGUAUAUGGAUUGAUUGAUUGGUUCUCGCGAGCGCGAUACCAGUUUAAAACCCACAACAAUGAGCCUCAGUCGAACGAGUUAUGUGAAACGUCGAGUUAG